CCGCCGCCGCCGCUGCUGCAGCAGCAGCUGCUCUGCAGAGUGGGGGCCGGGGCCGGGGUGCCCUCCCUCCCACCUUCUCCCGCCAUGAGCCAGGGAAGUCCGGGGGACUGGGCCCCCCUCGAUCCCACCCCCGGACCCCCAGCAUCCCCCAACCCCUUCGUGCAUGAGUUACAUCUCUCCCGCCUCCAGAGGGUGAAGUUCUGCCUCCUGGGGGCAUUGUUGGCCCCCAUCCGAGUGCUUCUGGCCUUUAUCGUCCUCUUUCUCCUCUGGCCCUUUGCCUGGCUGCAAGUGGCCGGUCUUAGUGAGGAGCAGCUUCAGGAGCCAAUUACAGGAUGGAGGAAGACUGUGUGCCACAACGGGGUGCUAGGCCUGAGCCGCCUGCUUUUUUUCCUGCUGGGCUUCCUCCGGAUUCGGGUUCGCGGCCAGCGAGCCUCUCGCCUUCAAGCCCCUGUCCUUGUUGCUGCCCCACACUCCACUUUCUUUGACCCCAUUGUUCUGCUGCCCUGUGACCUGCCCAAAGUUGUGUCCCGAGCUGAGAACCUUUCCGUUCCUGUCAUUGGAGCCCUUCUUCGGUUCAACCAAGCCAUCCUAGUAUCCCGGCAUGACCCGGCUUCUCGCCGCAGAGUGGUGGAGGAGGUCCGAAGGCGGGCCACCUCAGGAGGCAAGUGGCCGCAGGUGCUAUUCUUUCCCGAGGGCACCUGUUCCAACAAGAAGGCGUUGCUUAAGUUCAAACCAGGAGCCUUCAUCGCAGGGGUGCCUGUGCAGCCUGUCCUCAUCCGCUACCCCAACAGUCUGGACACCACCAGCUGGGCAUGGAGGGGUCCUGGAGUACUCCAGGUCCUCUGGCUCACAGCCUCUCAGCCCUGCAGCACUGUGGAUGUGGAGUUCCUUCCUGUGUAUCACCCCAGCCCUGAGGAGAGCAGGGACCCCACCCUCUAUGCCAACAAUGUUCAGAGGGUCAUGGCACAGGCUCUGGGCAUUCCAGCCACUGAAUGUGAGUUCGUAGGGAGCUUGCCUGUGAUUGUGGUGGGCCGGCUGAAGGUGGCGUUGGAGCCACAGCUCUGGGAACUGGGAAAAGUGCUUCGGAAGGCUGGGCUGUCCCCUGGCUAUGUGGACGCUGGGGCAGAGCCAGGCCGGAGUCGAAUGAUCAGCCAGGAAGAGUUUGCCAGGCAACUACAGCUCUCUGAUCCUCAGACGGUGGCUGGUGCCUUUGGCUACUUCCAGCAGGAUACCAAGGGUUUGGUGGACUUCCGAGAUGUGGCCCUUGCGCUAGCAGCUCUGGAUGGAGGCAGGAGCCUGGAAGAGCUGACUCGUCUGGCCUUUGAGCUCUUUGCUGAAGAGCAAGCAGAGGGGCCCAACCGCCUGCUGUGCAAAGCCGGCUUCAGCACCAUCCUGCACCUGCUGCUGGGUUCGCCCCGCCCUGCCGCCGCAGCUUUGCAUGCUGAGCUGUGCCAGGCGGGACCCAGCCGAGGCCUGUCCCUGUGUCAGUUCCAGAACUUCUCCCUCCAUGACCCACUCUAUGGGAAGCUCUUCAGCACCUACCUGCGCCCCCCACACACUUCUCGAGGCACCUCCCAGACACCAAAUGCCUCAUCCCCAGGCAGCCCCACUGCUCUGGCCAACGGGACUGUGCAAGCGCCCAAGCAGAAGGGAGACUGAGCGCCUCAGCCUCCCGCCCCUCCUCCUCAGGGCAGCACCAGGGGUCUCCCCUGUGCCUCAGCCCCCCUCCACCGGCAGCGCCAGGGACCUCCCCUAUGCUCAGCCCCUCUCUGCUCCUGUUUGAAUUUUGUUAUUGUUGUUUGGUUGAUUUUUUUUAAGUUGAUUUUAAUUUUUUGUUUGGUUGAUUUUUUUUUUUUUUGUAAAAAACUAUUUUAUAUAUAAAUAUAAAUCUAUAUCUA